ACUGUUUUGUGCUUUAAAUAUUUGGUACGUUAUAAAAAUUGAACAUUGUGGUUAUGUUGGGUGUUUGGUAUUUGCCCGGGAAUCUUUGAGUGAUUGAAAACAGUAUAUAACAUGGAUAUGAACGAUAGCAAGGAUUUUUUUGGAACCCUAGAAAUGGAAAUGGUCUCGUCGGAAGGUGGUCAGAGUACCUCAGACAUUGAUGAAGCCUUGGUUCGGACCAUGAGAGUUCUCAACGUGGCGGGGACUCCGCAAGUUGGCAACGCUGCUCAGUCCAUCAGCAGUGAGUGCAAGUCUCCCGCUGUGGACACACGUCUGGAUGCUGCUGCCACACUGCUGAAGAUGUCGCAGACCGUGAGUUUCAUUAAGGAGGAAGUGUUGGCCCGCAUCCCAAAUAAAGGGGAGGUCGCUUCCGUGAAACUUCAUGAUGAACCUAGUGCCGUGCCUGAGUUAUUGUCGCACGUGAAGCGUGAAAGAGAGGAGACACAUGAUCAAAGAUUAGAAAACCCAAAGAAAUAUGUAAGCUUGGCUGAAGCUGUGUUGAAAUUUCAGUUUAAGACUCCAAAAAGAUUUCACUCCAGAAUGCCAGGGGACCGCUCGUUGCCGCGGAACACGAGAGCUCUGGUCCCCACGGUCCCGCGCUCGCCCCAUCUGACGGCCGGCACGCGUGCCCGCCAGGUGCUCUACCCCUCCAGGGAAGAGCGGGAGGAGGCAGAGUUCGAGGAGAUGUCCCGGCACAAGAUAUUGCCGCAGCCAUUAAAUCCCCAAAUAUUCCAGUCUCCGAAGCUAGGAAAACGGAUUCCGAAAUUUACGAACCCGGAACCUUUCAAGUUGACUGAAAUCAAAAAGAAAGAGCCGGAAGAAGUACCAGCGUACAAGUUCACAGCCCAGCCGGUGCCGAGGAACAUCUUGGCACCCAAAUGUCUCCCUGUUGCCAGCCCGAGGCCCAGCAGCCACACCCGGCGUCGAUUGGACCACCCCAAGGUCUUCGCACCGUUGGUGCAGGUGGACAAAGAGGGGGAGGCAGUGAUUGUGCAAAAAGAAGUAUUCAACUUUGGGGUUCCUAUUGAAGCCCGAAAAAAUACACCAUUGAAGAAAUCGACUGAAAUUCAACCAUUCAGUUUUGAGGAGCGUGAUAAAGAAAUGGCUCGUCGUAAAGAAGAAAGAAUCAGAAUGGUGUUCGAGCAAGAGAAGCAGGCACGCAUAUUCCGCGCUCAUCCGGUCCCGAACCAGCAUCGCAAGUGGCUGGGCUCCAUCCAAGAUCUUUCCAUCAUGUCUUCUGACACCACGUUCCAGGCUGGCUCGGACGAGAACAAGAACCCAGCCGUGUUCAAGGCCGCCCCGGCCUCUGUGUUGAAGAAGGAGCCGUUUGUUCCACACAGGCUAGACCGCCCCCCUCUCAAGCCCCAAAACCUCACUUUGAAAACAGAAUUAAGGUCAAAGGAGCGUAAAGAGUUUGACGAGAAGGUGCAAGCAGAGAUGGAGCAAUUAGAAGAAUUGAGAAAGGAGUACAGGGAGCGCAAACGUCUUGAAGCAGAGGCGGAAGCUCUGGCACAGCGUAAACUGGCAGAGAGGUUUAGAGCGCAGCCUAUUCCAAAGUUCAACACUCCAAAAAGGAAAUUUUCAGACAAAAAACUGACUUCACCAGAGACGCCUUUUGCCCAUCGCUCGAAAAAGGCAGACCCAGACAGUCAACACUGAAGUUGACCUGUGCAAGACAACCUGAUAGUCUCCCAUCGCUUCGCGCUCGUCCUCUGUUGAUCUCCUGCAUCAUCGUUUCCUGACUCUGUGAAUGAAGACAGCUUUAACGACCAGCCAUUACAACUAUUAAGUGAUAAGCUAGUUUUCUACAUGAACAACUUUGAUGUGUAUUAUGCAAGAUUUGUUAAAAUUAUUGUGUUUGAUCUGAAAAAAUUUAGUUCACCAAGUGCCUUACUAUAUUUCAUAUGUUAGUACAUUACAGUUAUUACCAUAAAUUCAUGUAAUUAAUGACAAGCUGAGUUAAAAUGACUUAGUAGUACUUUGUACAAUUUUACUUAUGUACUUGGUAAAUGAAAAUUUUUAUCAAUUUCAUAUUUAGAUAAAUUGCUAACGUACCCGACUGAAGUUCUAAAUUACAUAAUAACAGGCUGCAAGCUCGAAGUGUCACAUUUACAUACAUGAGCACGCUUAUCCACCCUGCCCCUGUGGCUCAUGUUAGAACAAGUCAUUAAUUAUUUAGCAGAAUCACAAUAGUAUAAUCAAAUAUUAGUGUUGUUUUUUUAAUUAAUUAAUACAUUGGUACAUAUGUGUGUCCGACUAGAAAAGAGUCACUACUCUCCUAAAACUCCGUUAAAACAAUAAGUGGUUAUUUAGGUACAUAAACUCUUAGUGAAAUUAAUCCAUAAUUAUAAUUUUUUUUUUUUAGAUUCAGACUCAAUUUCCCAGGUUAUUCACGUCGGUGUUAUUAAAUAAACAUAUAAAUUAAGUUGUAACUCCAUUUGAAGUAUGUAGUCUUCCUCACAUGAUGUAAAAUUCCUUCCAUGAAUUACUUUUCCAUAUAAACCCACCUCUCAAAGUAAUGCUGUUUGAUUUUGCACGGUCUUGAAGUAACAACACCAAUAAAUUAAAGCAUGAAUUGAAGUAGCGCGAUCAUAGAUUCUUCUACGUUAAUUUUUAUUUCCGUGUACACAGAAUGGCAAUGGCACUUGUGUAGCAUUAAAUGCAAUGCAACAAAUAUAAUAGACAAUAUUUUAUGGUUUUAAAUUUAGUCCAAUUCCAUUUUUAAAAUAGACAAUCUCUGUGUUAAUGUUUUUAUUUUUGUAAAGGCUGUUUUUUUUUUUUUUAAAUAAUUACUCCACCAAAAUAGUGUAAAAUUUAUAUGCUGCAUUUUUAUGAUAAAUUAAUUGGUAAUUAAUUGGUCUAAACCAUAUAUAUUCAGAUAAAUAAAUUAUUGAGCAUUUGUAUUUUAAAAGUGAUUCAAUAAGAAAUGCACAAUAAAAUUAAUUUAAUUAAUUUUUCUGUUCUAUGCACUUGGUACAAUAAUUUUGUCCGGGAGUUGGUAACUUUACGCUUACUUGGAUGUGCUAGUGGCAUAUCAUAGCAGAAAAACACAUUUAGUGAACAGCCGGGAAUUCAUUAACAAGUUAAAUAUUCUUUCUGAAUAUAGAAAAUUUUAAGUUUAUGCUUUUUUAAAUCUUAUUAGAACUGAAAUUUAUUUCCUAUAGUAAUAACAUUAUUAUUUUGUUACUCAGAAAUGUUAUUACAUUAUUACUUACUUAGGAAUUUAUGCUCAAGCCCUAUUAUGUAAACAAUGCGGUACAUGAUAUUUAAAAUUUAAUAUUAAGGUUGUUUAAUCUCUAAAAUGUUAUUCAAAAUUUAUUUAGAUUUACUUGAUAUGUAUAUAGACACAUCGUAGUACUGUAAAUUUUAACGGGAGUAAUGCUUGAUUUCAAUGGUAGUCAGCAAGUACACUUACCUAUUUGGAAAAUGAUUUAUUUUGAUUAAUAUACACACUUAUGGAAAAAAAAAUGUGUUAAUUAGUGCUCUGUUUUCCUUGAAGGAAUUUUGGGUUACUUCCAGAGGUGGGUGUACAUUAUUCAACAACUAAACUUCAAACCACCAAUAACUUUGUACGCAACAAUAUAAAUUAGGCAUGUGCGAGAAAGACUUUUGAAUUCGAGACGAGAUCGAGAAAGCAAUUUAAAAAUUCUCGAGAAUCGAGUCCAGAUCGAGAAAUCUGUACUUUAGUUAACAGGAUAAUAUGAUCCAAAAAAGUAAAACUCAAUAAUCUGACAAACAUACAUAAUUAUUCAAUAAUUUUAUCAAGUAUCCACAAUUGCAAUUGCAAUUACAACUUUACCUUUACACUCAACAGUUUAUUUGCCUACUGUCGUAUGUAAACAUACGUUAUUGACUCCAUAGUCUAUACAGUUUCCUUGAGCCAUGGACGGUACUUGAUCAUGAAAGUCUGAACAUUCACCACUAUCGAUAUGUCACUAUCGAUACGGACCGCAAUUUAAACAUGUUGCUUGUUAUAUACUGCUGGCCGUGUUUAUAACCUAAGGCCAUAAAACAAAAUGCAAUCGCGGAAGAAUUCGGCAGUCAUGUUUAUAUUUUUAUUUUUUGCCGUACCGUUUUACGUUGAUACUUGAUAUUGAUACCGAAAAUGAUUUAUUUUUAACUUUAAUGUUAGUUUUAUUAACGGAAAAUAAUAAUUUUCUUCUGUAAUUUAAUGUGAUAACCACAGCACAAUUCAUUGUUUACGUUUACCGUUUCAUGUAGUGACUUGUGAACGGAAGUUGUUCGUUUUUAACUUUUUAAUAAUUUAUCGUGUAUACUAUCGUAACAAGUAUAUUUUAUUUUAUUCGAUCUACGUUACGUUGAAGAUAUGUUAAUUAUUUCAACACGCAACGCAAAAUGCUGCCUCAAUAUAUUAUAUUACCUAACCUAUUUCUUGUUUACAAAAUUCUCGAAAAUUCCGAGCCAAAAAAAUUAUCUCGAGACGAGAUCGAGAAAAUUUCUGUCUCGUCUCGUUCUCGAUGAUGCCGAGACUCUCACAUCACUAAUAUAAAUGAUUUACUUUUACCUUCAGAGGCAGUAACAUUUUUUCACUAACCUGUGUUAGUAUGUAUCACCUUAUACUAAACUAAAACAUCAUCCAUUAAGAUGUCUAUAAAUAGUUACUAGAUACAUUCUAAGAGGUUCAAUUCAAACUAAUCAUGUUACUGUAGAUUGACCCUAACUGACCAAACAAUUUGGCCAGUCACAAAACAAUUUGGCCAGUCACAAAACAACUCUUGGAGAUUAACAAACUAAUAGUAAUGUGAUUGUGAAUUCACAUUGGUAUGUGAACCAGAGGCUUAAGAGAAUUGUACUGUACAGAAUUCUUGUUCCAAUACCAUUUCCAGUUAGAACUGAUGCUCAUGCUACUGAAUUUACAUGAAAAAUACAGCUUGAUUUUUUUUUUCACAACCAUGCUAAGUGUACUAAGUAGAUAACUUGUGCAACAAGGUAACAUAAGUACCGUAGCGGAGUACGUAGACUCGGGCUCACGUAAUAGGUAAAUUAUACAAUUGAAAGCUUUGCUGUUCAUGUCUGAUAGGUAGAGCUGGUAACUCUGAAUCUGGAAAGUCAGUCAAUCUCCUAUAAAGGAAGCGUUAGUUUAUGGAUGAUGUUUUAGUACAGUAAAAUGUCUUUAAUAAUAAAAACUAAUAGUUCAUGAAGAAAAAAUGUUAGUUUCUGAAGUUAAAAAAAAAAAUUGAAUUAAUUUUUGGAGUAAUUAGUGGAUUGUAGUUGUUUUUCUUUAUUUCUUGUGCAGUAAGGGUGGUUAAAGGUGGUUUGUUAAUUUUGGUUUCAGAAAGUAAAAUGUUGAAUUGUGAAUCACAAAUUUAAUUACUAAUCUCUCAGGCUUAGUUAAAUUGCUUUGUAUGGUUUUUAACUUUUUAUUUCUUUUUUAUUAUUCUAAAUGUUUUUAUUUAUAUUUUAUCAUUUUAAAUGUUUGCUAUAUUAUAUAAUAACCUAUUUUAUACUGAAUUUGUCACAUUAUUUUAUUCUGUAACUUAUUAUUUAGUAUUCUUCAAGUUGUAAUUUAUUUUAUUUUUGUCCAUUUAGUGGUUUUAAUUGAUAAUAUAUUUAUUGAUAAGGUUUAUGAUUAGUUUUAAUUUAGAUUUUAAUAUUCUGUUGUGUAGUAAUGUGUUUGGUUCUGAUAAUGUGCUACUUUGACUGAUUGAGAUAAUAGCAAGGGUAAGACGUGAGAUGUAAAAAGUAGUUAUGUAAGUAAAGAUGUAAAACGUAUCAUGGUCUGUAUGUUACAUAUUUGGUGUCAGCUAAUAGUACAAAAUGCUCAUUUGUAUUUUUAUCUCCUAAGAUUUUUUGUGCUGUACUCACACAUGAACAUGUGCUCACUCACUCGCAUACUAAAAUAAGUUAUCGGUGACAUGUCAAGAUCACAUUUAAGGAACAGGUAGUCAGUCUGUUUGAGUUUGUUUUUGUUUAUGUAUUUUAAUUUCUUGCAGAUGUAAAGCUAGUCUUGUCCUCUAGUGUUAUACGUAUCUAUAUGUAGAGUCCCGUAAAAAUGGUUUUAUUUUUCCUUAAAUUUCGUUUUGAAAAAAUCAAAUUUCGGUUUUAUUUCGCUGUUUUGGUUUUUCAUGUUUACUUUAACUUUUGAGAAUGGUUUUAUGACCUACAAGUUUUGCUUGGCUAAAUAAUAGUGGCACGGCGUAUACUCGUAUACUGCACUCUAAAGUCAACACUAUUGGCAAAUAAAAAUUGGCUUGAAACAGCUCGGCACGGCCCGGUGCCGCCUAGCGCGCUGCCUCGGCACGGCCCGGUGUCGCCUAGCGCGCUGCCUCGGCACGGCAUGUCUCAACUUAGUAUUCUUUUAAUAUUUCUUGCUGCUGUUCUUUGUCCCGUUGACGCCGUAUUCACUUGCUUUGCGGUCGUAUUGCAUUUGCUGAGAAGUGUAGUUACGGCAGUUAAAGGUCACUGAUUUUGCUUAUCAAUCGGCGUAGUGUCAUGUGUUCAUGUUUACGAGUAGUAGAGGUGUAAAAGUAACGAAAAAAAGUGUACCCGUAUGUAUUCGUUACUAUAACAAUUAGUACUCGUUACUAUCGUGUCGCUACGUUACUCGUUACUUCUGAUACCGCAUAACAUGCAAUGUUAUGUUGCAGCAACGAAUCGAGUCGUAUUGCGUACGCGUACAGUAUGACGUCACGUAAAUAAUAAUAAAUAGAAUAUAAACAAUUAACAAUAUUUGAUAAUUAACAGUUUUUGUUAACCAAGAAACAAUUAAAUCUCAUUAGAGCGGUUUUAUUAUAUUAUCUCUUUUAAGAUAAAAACAACAAAAAACGUGAAAAUACGCGAUAAUAAAUAACAAAAACAUACAUAUUUCUAAUUUGUAAAAAAUACUUUCUUAUAAACAGUAAAAAACUUGGACGACAAAUUUCCAUAUUAUACUUAAUAAACAAACAUCGUUCUUUGUAACGUAAAUUCAUCGAAUAUGCGCGCGCAUGCGUAAAACAUACGAAAAAUGCGAGUAACGAAAUCCAGCCGUGUGUAACGUUUCGUUACUCGAUACUAGAUGGCGCACCCGUUACUCAGUCAGUACCGAAUACAUACGGUUUGCUACACCUACAGCUCUAACGAGUAGGUUGCCAAGCCAGUCAAACGUAGUUGAAAGCAUGAGGUUGUUAACUGUUCAACAUGAAAGGAAGAAUUCAAAUUUUAUAUUUCUCUACAAGAUUAAUGUGUAAAUACAGCGGGUUGAAAAUCAUGGCAGCUAUAUUGUGUUGAAAUCAUCGCCGGUAUUUUUUAUUAACUUUGUGUUGAUGCUCAGGUACAUUUUUCUCUUUUUAAUUAGUUUAUGAUUGCAAUUACUGCUUUCGUUUCAAAUUGUAAUGAUUACGUGACGGGAAUACUGUAAAUCAUUAUUUACUUUCAUUACUACAAAGCGGCCAUGUUGAAACUUAGAAAAAUGGCGAUGUGCCGUCAACGUCGUGUUUACUUGUUUUUCGCGAUGUCUUGCAUGGGUGGUCUAAUUCAUUAUUAUCAGUUUUAUUUCUCGAUGCUGUGCGAUUUCAGUGUUUUGUCGCGAAUUAAGGUAAAUUGCAGUGUUAUUUCGCGAUAUCGCGAUUCGCGAAAUUUCCGUGUCUCUAUCUAUAUGUAUAAAAUUGGAUGUUGGUAUGUGUAACGUUAAACUCAAAAACUGUUUCACCUAUCACCAUGAAAGUUAGCAAAUCAAAGUAUUUUUUCACGGAGAAGGUUUUUAUGCUAUCCAUUUUGUUGGUAACUCACUGUUGAAUGGGGCUGGAGCACAUCAACUUCUAACACGUUCAACCAAUUGCCAUGGGUAAACAGAAAAUCAUAAGUCAUAAACAGUAAUUUUGUGUAUUUCUCUACGUCCACCACUCUGUCAUAGCGCUAUCCAUCUUGCUUUAACUCUCAGGCAUUAUAUUACCCUGUGUUCAGCCCGGGCAAUGCAGGGUACUGCAAAUAGUAUGUAUGUGUGUAUAUUUCUAAAUUUUUGCAAGAGUUCUGUUUAGAAGGAAAUGUGUAGUUGAUGGCAUUUGUAAACAAUGGAUAGAAUUAUUACAGAAAAAUUGUCAGAUGUUAUGAUUUUAUUUUGUGCCUCUUUUGACAUUCUGAAGUCUAAACUUUGAAUUUGUCUAAAGCUGAAAACAUUUAUUUCUGAUAUUCUCUGAAUCAAAAUCAUUUAAAAUGAUCUUAAAAUUAAAAAUAAUUUUUACAGUAAUUUUUUGUUUGAACACUAAAUCUUUGAGAAUAAAAAUCCAGGGUAACCUGAGUAAUUUUUUAAA